AUGUCUGAUCCACAUGGAAUCCCCAAGCCAAGCGGACUUCGCCCAGUGAAGACAGCGACAGAAUCCCAAACAAUCUGGUCCAUCAUUCCCGAGCGCGAGUUCCGACAGAAUCUCGUCACGCUCGAGAGGCGCACAAAUGCCGUCCCCAUAGCCGUGUUGAAUUCUUCUGUGGUUGAAGAUGGUCCUACAGAAUUCGGGACUUUGCCUCUGAGCAUCGAAAGAUCUUUGGCGGAUGAUCUCGCCUAUCUCGCUGCCGUGACGGAGGGAGCACAGAGCGUUGCUGCCGUUUGUCUUGAGCAACAUGUUGGUGCGAAGAAGCUUGUGGUGAGAGUCGCGGGGAUGGACGUGGUGGACCAGAAGGUUCGAGAUAUGUUGAGCGGAAUCGCUGCCGUGUUGGAAAGUGCCGCGUUUGCGGAAGAUGUAUCGGAUUGGGAAGAGAGAGUCUUUGCGAUGAUUAUUGAGCAGCAUUCUCAGAAGCUCCUUGGGCGAAUGCGGUCCGUUAAAUGGACGAAACCGGCUUACCUGAGGAGGACGCAUAAGAAGCCUCUUGUCAAAGAUUUUGAGAAUGUGGCACAUCGAGUUCAGCAUGUGUACCCGAGAAAAGGAGAGUGGAAGGUCAGGAAAACGUUGGCGGGCGUCAUUGCGGCUUUGAGUAAAGAGUACGAGAGGUUUGAGAGUGGAGCUUUCAAGGAUGAGUUGCUGCAGGAGUUAUAUCGGCUUGUCAAGGCUACAUAUGACUUUUGCAUGGUAUUCGAGGUGAGAGAUUUCGCGUCGAGGAUUGCAAGUAUUGAUGGCCCAACACCACAAAUUGCAGCCGCGGUGAAGACAUUAAGACAGCUGGAGAAGAUUGGAGCGUACUGGAGAAUCGCCAAGGAUCUGAUCACAACAGCGAAGAAAUUCCCGGAUUCCUUUCGCCGUGUCGAGUUGGAGUAUGUAAUCCCAUACGCCGAGGCCGAGACGGACAUUGCCUAUGAGAGCUGGGCCAAGAUCAUGCAUGUGCAUGCCGAGGUGCAGCUGAUGGUCGAGUACGCAAUACGGCAACAGAGGGUUGCAUUGCAGUCUGGCGAUGAAGUCUCUGGAAGCACCAUCAUCUGGCCGCGCACAAUUGGCACGAGCAAGUAUCUUUGCUAUCUCUGUUAUCUAUUCAUGCGAGAGCAUGGCGGUUUCGGACAGGAUCUGAGUUCGCAUGGGAGGUUGUUCGAUCAGUGGACUGUGCCGGAUCUACGGGAAUAUGACUCUGGGACGAGAGAUAAGCUGGCAGAUGUGCUGUGCAAAGUGAAUCAGUGCGUGGAGAACCAGAUCGCCGAUCUUCGUAGAGAUGUCGUCUGGCGACCUGAGCCGAUGACGAGUCGACAGAACCUAUUGGGUUGUGGCGAUGAGGUAGAGAAGGAUGAUGGUACGGCAGUCGAGGAACUUGAGCAGAAGUUGUCCGCAUUGUGA